AUGGAAACCGUUGAGCAUCCUGAAAGGGCCGGGCAGGACGCCACUCUCCCACCCCUCACCGUUGAGGAAAUGCAUGAACAACUCGAACUCAUUCUCAGAGCCUGUGGAGAUCUUCAAACACUUAUGCGCAAUCGUCUCCCCAUUACAUUACGUGAAGUGUCAAAGUUGCGAAAGGCAUUUUCUCUUGCCACUGGGGAAUCCAGCGAUCUCUGCAGUCGAAGUAGUAGUGUUUGCAGUAGUAGUGAUGGCAGCAGUAGAUGCAGUGGGAGUGUGCCCAGCACAGACACAGAGGACUCCCGCUACAGUCGACCAGAGUUCUGCGGGCCGCGAGGAUUACGUCGUCGUCGUGGAUUAGCGGCUCAACGAACAGUUAUUAAAGAAACAAUGAAUAAUAAUAAGAAGAGUGAUAAUAAUAAUAAUAAUAAUAAUAAUAAUAAAAACAGUUUUGCAAAUGGACAGGAUCAACAACAAGAAGAAGAACAGCAACAGCAACAGCCGUCGCCUCGUUCACUUGCGAAGAGUAUUGCCCGGUGGGAUACGAGAGUUAUUGUGUGUGAUCGUCUUUUAAAGCGACUGGAGGAGUAUGCAAGAACACGGCCAGAGGCACACACCUUUGAUCUUAUUACAACUUAUCAUGGAAACAGAAAACACUCCGAUAGUAGUAUUAGUGGAGUGAAUGAGGAAAAGGAUGGUGGAAAUCAUCCCAAUCAUGAUAAGAAGAAUAAUAAUCAUAAUAAUAACAGCAUGACCACGGAGAUGGAUGGAAAUACAAAUACUAAAAGAAAUUGGUUAGAGUUAUUUAAAAUCCCACUUGAACGUCGAAUACAGACCUUUGUGGUUUCUCUUUUUCUCUUCUUUACAUUCAUACCAUUUUCUUUUCUACUCACAUUAUUUCUUCUUACGAAUCUGUAUACAAUGCCCUUUAUGGUGGCUUAUCUUGUAUACAUCUUCACAAUUGGGCGUCCAAAACAUCCUUUAAAAAGGAAUCAAACUUUUACACAUCUCAAACUUUGGCAAUACUAUAGUGAUUACUUUCCUGUACGUCUUGUUAUUCCACGUUAUGUGCGAAGACAAUUUGAUUCCAGUAAAAAUUACUUUUUUAUCUAUCAUCCACAUGGUAUUCAUGGAUUUGGUGCAAUUGCCAAGUUUACCCUAAACGACGCAGCAAGUGCACUUCUUCCUGGUAUUCAUAUUCAUACACAAACGCUUAAAAUGAAUUUUUAUGUUCCCUUCUGGCGUGAACUCGCAUGUCUUAGUGGAAGUGGAGAUGCCAGUGCGGAUUGUAUUCGCCGUACACUCCGCUCUGGUCCUGGUGAAAGUGUAUUGUUGGUGGUUGGUGGAGCUCAGGAGAGUUUAUUAGCGAAACCAAACACAAAUGAAUUAACCCUACAGCGACGAAAAGGGUUUGUAAGGAUUGCAUUGCAAGAGGGUACGCCGUUGGUGCCCGUGUAUGCUUUUGGUGAAAAUGAUGUUUACAGAAUUCCCCGCAUGGCGGAAUCGCAAUUAUGGAAACGAGUCGAACGGGUUUUACGCAAGUGUACAACUUUUGCGAUUCCCCUUUUUGUUGGUAGGGGAUGGUUUAAUUACGGGUUUGGUAUACUUCCACACCGCCGACCCAUAGUAGUGGUGGUUGGGGAACCUUUAAUAGUUCCAAAGAUUCCAAAUCCAACAGAGGAAGAACUGCAAGAGUGGCAUGACAAGUACGUGUGGGCUCUGCAGCAAUUAUUUAAUGAUCAUCAUGGAGUAUACGGUGUGGAGUCUAGUAGUUUGCGUAUUCACUAA